GUUGCACAUUUUUACUGAUAGAGAAGUGGGUGCCUCAUGCAGCACUGGAUGAGCAGCUCUGAUGGCUGGGAAGGCUGGGGUGCACUGAGUGGUGAGCUUUUUUCCAGACCCUUACUGGAGAGAGCCUUCGGAAGUGGGCAAUCCCUUGCCAGCUUGACGCAGCAUUUGGGUUGUUUCUUGGAGAAUGCAUCAACGGCUCCUCCUCAGCCGCUACAGGCCCAUACAUGGAAAGUGGGCUACUCUGUCGGCCUGAAGAUUUAUUGGGAAGAGUUUGAAGACCAACUUGCUGCAGAUCAGCGAUAUAGUGAGCUUUGGUGGUCCAAAGUCUUUCUGGAUCCUGAAGGCCAUGUGACCAAGUGCUGCACGGCAGCUCUCGAUCCCAAGGGUGUCGGGGUGGCGAAGCUCAUAAUCUCUGCGCGACUGGAGGGCUUCGGUGAUGUUGAAAGCUGCCCAAUGGAAGCGAUGCAAAAGGGUGAAGCCCCGUUUAUUCCCGCGGAGCGGCUGCCAGGUCUACCAAGGGCUUUGCAGCUACUGUGGGACAAACUGGCCUCAAGAGUUGCGAUCAAAAAUUCAGUUUCCUGGCUCUAUGGGGACUCAUUGUGCUACUUCGAUGUUGAUGAACACCCUGGAGUGAAAAACUACGUCGCUUUGACGAUCGACGACGUGCCUUGUCGCCUGGGGCCUAAGAACUCCAUGAUACCGCACGUCAGAGACCUUUUAAAGAAGCACAAGGCUCAGGCGACCUUCAUGCUGAUGGGCAAGUUCAUUCCUGGUAAUGAAGCUGACUUGGUGUCCUUACUUCGGGAAGGUCAUGAGCUGGGAAAUCACGGCCUGGUCGAUAAGAGCUAUGCCAAUGAUUCCCGAGAAGACUUUGCUGCAGCUCUGGAUGAGUGCUCCAGCAAAAUUGUCAACCUACAACGCUCAGCUGGCCUUUCAGAAACUGUAAGGUGGUUCCGUGCCCCGCAUGGAAAAUUGAGUGCUGCAAUGUCGGAGGUCCUGAAGGAUCGACGUCUGACUAAUGUCAUGUGCGACACCUACGCCUGCUGCCCGGUGAUCCAAGAUGGAGACUUCAUUGGUAGUUUCCUGGGAAAACAGGCGGAGCAUGGGUCAAUCAUCGUGAUCCACAUGCCCGAACACGGUUUCCGAGAGUGGUGCCUGCGUGGCAUUGAAGAGCUUUUGAAGCAGCUUUCAGAUCGUGGGCUGAGACCUGUAAGUGUGGGGAAACUGGCAGAGCUGGCAGAUCCCACCAUUGAGGCCCAUCUUUGAAACGACCCAAAGGGGUGAACCAUGGUGAACGGGUUCCGGUGCACCACUUAGAGUGGAGCUGAAUAUUCUAUAUAUCUAUAUUUAUUUCUUGUUUCUAAUAGCUUCUUGUUCCUAGUAGCGAUGCCAGGAGCCCCUAGUAGCGUCCUUGCUCCUACCCCCCCUUGGAAGAGAUUGUCCAUACCUUGGAGUCCAUACUUCUUUGGAGUCCUUAGGAGUUGUCCCAGACGCGCUAGUCAAGUCUUGGCUCGUCUGCACAGCUUUGUAGCCAUCGGUCCAAGCACUGGAAAAGGAAUUGCUC